UAAACUUUUGAAACAAGUAGUGCAAGUGUGGGCUUUAGCCAUAGCAACGUGUAAAAAGAAACAGCAACUUGCUUUUUUGGACUUUGUGUUGAGAUCAGUUCGAAGCAGACAGUGAUCGAAGGAGGAUCUAGUGAAGGAGAGCAAUUCGCUUGGAAUUUAGAACAUUAUUACGCGCAAUCAUAGUGCGAUAGUGACUUUAUGGCAGCAGCGGUGAGAAGCAUGGCGCUUGGACAAAACAUUCAUAAUAUUCUGCCGAAUAAUUGUAUUCUGAUGCAGCAGAAGCCGACCAAUAAUCAUGGAAAACGACCGAUUGCUCCAGCUCCAAUGUUGGUGACCAGUCUUCCGCAGAAUAUCGGUCUUAAAACUAAUAUUAGUGCAUCGAAAAAGUAUGCCUAUUGUGGACUUCCGUACCCUCAAACUCCCCAGCAAACCGUGUCGGUUCAACGUCGCAAUGCUCGGGAGCGAAAUCGUGUCAAGCAGGUCAAUAACGGAUUCGCCAAUCUGCGCCAGCACAUUCCUGGUACCGUCGUUACGGCCUUAACUAAUGGAGGACGUGGCGCUAGCAAAAAGUUGAGCAAAGUGGAUACACUUCGCAUCGCAGUCGAGUAUAUUAGAAACCUUCAGCGCAUGUUGGAUGAAAAUAGUGAAAAUACCAGUCAGAAGAGUUUAAGUCAGGUAUCUUCGUCUAGUUCCUAUUACGGUACAAUGUCGGAACCUUCGACCGCUUCAUCACCAGCCCCGUCACAUUUAUCGGAAAGUUCGUCUUCUGGAACGAUCAUCUAUAGUCAGAUGGGCGGAACUACCUUCAAGCAUGAACCCUAUGAUAUUUAUGUUGACCCAUCUGCCUCGCCGACUCCUUCCUACACCUCGGAAACCUCGAUUCAACAACAUCACUUACAACCCCAGCAGCACCAUCAAAUAAUUAUACCAGGAAUGACCAGCUUAAGCCCCAGCGGGAACAACAAUUAUAUCCACGCAGUUCACAACCACCCGGUGUACAAGACAGAGCUGUAUCAGAGUCCUUACGAUGAGGAGAUGAGUCCGCAGAACCCUGAAGACGAAGAACUUCUUGAUGCUAUAACCUGGUGGCAGCAGCAGUAAUUUUAUCUUAUUUGUGCGACAAUCGCCUUGAGAAAAGCCAAAAAAUCUUCAUUCGAACCGUGCUUCGGAUGAAAAUUCCGGAUGACCGAACCGAAAGCGUACGACAGCAAUCACCGCCGUGACCUUAGGGAGCUUCAGCCUGGACAGCUAAGUCUCGAUUGCGCAAGUUCAAAAUCCCGCCGAACGCCGCUGGCCACUUGCCGGCAUCCGGAAAACGAACAGACUGUACUAAAUCUAGCUAUCUAGUAAGGGGGCUAUUGUUAGCGAGUUAUACUGCUGCAAACGGCCAGUUUUUAGUUCUUUUUGCGUACGGAACCACACACAUGAAAUCUAGUCAAACCCCCAGCGGUAUUAGGACGAUGAGUCAGAGGGAUAAUUUUAGUAUAGAUUUGUAGUCGGUCAUUUUUUGCUUGUUUCCAACAAUAAUGAUUAAUCACUUUGUGCCUUAGGAAACUUUGUUAA